AUGGCAACCAGCCAGCAACCAGCACAACCACCCAAGCAAGCCGCAUACGACCAAACAAAGAACCCGAUCACCCAGACACCCCAAGAGCAGCGAAUAUCGUCGCAGCCCCGUCAGCGUGGGGACCCCGUCUCCUCCAUCACGCGUCGCACGGCAGAUUCCAACCCAUCGAAUGACGAAGAACUGGCACGCGUGAAGGAGAAACGCCAACGAGAGCAGAAGAACUUGCAAGCCGCCUCGAAUGUUGACCUGGAAUAUGGAGUCGAGCAGCAGCCAGCAGAAGGGGAUAUUGCCCAGGCGGUAAAGCAUAAGAGCGAGCGGGCACGAGCGCAGGCUGGUGCACAUGCCGGUCCUGUGGGUAAUGCACAAGGCCCCGGAAGCCCUGGAUUCGGCGAGGAGCGAGAUCUCGCUGCGGACAUGGGACGCAAAAGGGAAGGACAUGAUCGAAUCUUGGGUGACCGCGUCGGACAGAGUCCUGCAGAACCAGAUGGAGAGGCAGCGGAGCGGGAAGCUUUGAGACAGAGGAAGUUGAAGGAGGAGAAGAAUUUGGACGUAAAGGGCGCUGUCCAUGCAGGCACCGGAGGCCCUGUGACGGGCUGA